AUCUCAUACAGGAUGCCGUAUCGGAAAGUUUUGCGAAAUUCAAUCAACAGGAUAAACCACGUGCCGAGCAAUCGAUCAACGGUGUAUCGGAAAUUUCCCAUUCACUGGUUCCGUUGGGCCCGACCACCAACGCGGACUCAUCCACUGUACUCGAGGCGGAGAAAGACUCACCCGAUUAUGGUGCGAAAAUCAAACCCGUUCCCGAUGAACCGUUUCGUUCGAGUGCAUUCAAAAUUCCGCGAUCACUAACCGACGGUCGUAUGUCACUCCGAUCCAAACGAACCACAGAUGAUUUGG